GUUCCAUAUAAUGGGUCAUCAUUAUAUUCUCACAACGAACAUCAUGACAAAAGUGUUCAGACAUUCUUUAAACUACCCAAGCUUGCCUAUUCAAAUAUUGACAUAUCAUCAUCAAAAUUUAAAUGUCUAUAA